AUGGAUGCUGGCUCCUGGGCCUCACGUGGAGACGAAAUGCUCCAGCGUCGUGCAUAUGACGAUUCCUCGUCUGUUGCAGCUAAUUCCCCGAAUUCAGGCGCAGGAUCAUGGGUUAUAGACCCUUUGCCUGGAUUGCAACGAGGUGGUCUUAUUGCAGUCGCGACUUUGGCAAUAGUCUCGCUGGGAGCCACGUUCUCUUUGCUUUCCUUUUUCACUUAUCGUUUCAUUUUUUGGAAAAAGUACUACAAACGUUACAUCGGAUACAACCAAUAUGUCGUUCUUAUGUACAACUUGGCGCUUGCAGAUUUCAUUCAGGGAUUGGGAUUCAUCGUUAGUCUGCGGUGGAUCAGUCAGAACUCUCUUCACGCCACCGAUGUCGGAUGUUUCUUGCAGGGUAUUUGGCUUCAGAUUGGUGACCCUAUGAGUGGAAUGUUCGUGCUUGCUAUCGCUCUGCAUACCUUCAUGCAAGUCAGUCUGGGCCGUCAGCUCAGUCACAAAGUCUUCGUGUCUAUCGUGGUUGGUCUUUGGGUUUUCGGAGUGAUCCUCGUCAUAAUUCCUAUCGCCAUCUACGGCCGCUAUGUCUGGGUGCCUUCGGUCGCAUGGUGUUGGAUGAGCACCCAACACCCUACCCUCCGUCUCUGGACACAUUAUUUCUGGAUCUUUGCAGCUCAAUUCUUGAAUCUUGUCCUUUACGCCAUAAUGUUCGUCCAACUCCGACGCAAGAUGUCACAAUCGAAGAUUCUGGGCGCCAGCUACACCGAGAGUCUCCGCCGCCUGAACCGAGUCGUCUCUUACAUGGUCUUAUACCCCAUUGUCUACAUCAUUUUGACACUUCCACUAUCUGCAGGCCGUAUGGCAUCCGUCAGUGGACAUGGCCCCAGUGUGGCCUACUUCUGUGUCGCAGGUGCUCUGAUGACUUUGUCCGGAUUCUGCGAUGUGCUUCAAUAUACCUUGACAAGGAAAAGUAUCGUGUUGGAGGCAGAGACUCGAUCCAAGAAACGAGACGACGGCUACUACGAUCUCUCGACCGGACAGAAGAAGUCCAGGAAUGGUAAUCUGUAUUCAAGCGAAGAAAAAGGCCCAGUCUCUACCGUCUGUGCUGCUAUGCCAGGCACCGAUUCCACCGACCACAUUGUUCCCAGGGACAUUGAAAUGUCGCCUCAACCUGCACACGUUUACCAACACACGACCAUCACAGUCACGCACGAACCAGCUUAUGAGGCGCGAUUGUAA